AUGGCCUGGAUGCCAUCUUUACCAGGUGCCUUAAAGGCACCAAUACCUUUAACAGCUCUCAAAACCUUAGAAUUAGAUAUAGGCUUAGCCAGGCCAUCAUUAUCUUCAAGAGUGAAAUGGGUGGGAGAGAGAAUCAGAGAUCCAAUUACCAGCAUUAUCCUUAAGGACAUUAAUUUUAAGUUUCCUUCUUUUGGUGAGGGUGAAAACAUGGAAGAAAAGCGCUUCAACAUCAUUGUUGGAAUUGCACGACGACUACUUUAUCUUCAUGAAGACUCAAGAUUGAGAAUCAUUCGUAGAGAUCUUAAAGCAAGUAAAAUCUUAUUAGACAACGAGAGGUGCCCAAAGAUCUCUGACUUUGGCAUUGCAAGAAUUUUUGGUGGGGAGCAGACGGAGGAAAUGACCAAGAUAGUAAUGGGAACUUAUGAUUAUUUGUCUCCAGAUUAUGCAAUGAGUGGUCACUUUUCGGUGAAGUCAGAUGUAUUUAGUUUUGGUGUUUUAGUGUUAGAGAUAAUAAGCGGUAAGAAGAAUUGCGGAUUUUAUCACCCUGAACACGACCUCAACCUCGUAGGGCAUAGUCCUCUGCAACUAAUGGAUGAAGUAUUGGAUGAGUCAUUUUCAACAAAUGAAGUGGUGAGAUGUAUUCAAGUGGGGCUUUUGUGUGUACAACAACGGACAGAAGACCGGCCGACAAUGUUGCCGGUGGUUUUUAUGUUGAGUAAUGAAAGUGCAGUGUUGAAUCAACCCAAAGAACCUGGUUUUAGUGUGGAAAGAUUUUCAGUGAAGAUAUGGGGAAUAUGA